CACACCAUACAUGCAUAUGAAUACACACUGAUUCCCCACUCGUGAAUCUUCCCCGCUCCUUACAAUCCCUCUCCAGUUGACCCACACACUUUCGUUCCUUUUCUUGUUUUUUGGGAAAGAAAUGGAGUAGGAAACCCUAUUCUAUUAUCUCACAGUUAAUCAUAUUGGAAAUCUCUCCAGUUGUUUUCUAGCAUUAUUACAUUAUUAUUAUUAUUAUUACUACUAUUAUCUGUAUCUAUCUAUAUCUACAUCUAUAUAUAGUUAUAUAUAUACCCACCCCCUUUGCCUUGGGUACAAACAGCUCAUUUCCUAGUUUUGAAGUUUAUACAUCUUAAUUUCAGCAAGCUUGACUUCCCAUCUUUGGAGCUUUCCAAUUAAUCGCAGACUACAUAAAUAUAUAUAUAAUAAAUAAAAAUGGAUGGAAGCAGCGCAGAAGAAAGCACAACUAGCGAGUCCUUAUCGCCCACGGCGGCGGCGGCGAUUAAGCAGCAGGAGAAUCGGCUGUGCCGCGCCGGAAGCGGGACGAGCGUGAUCACAGACUCGCUAGAAGCGGAAUCGAGGAAGCUGCCGUCGUCGAGAUUCAAGGGCGUGGUGCCUCAGCCGAAUGGGCGAUGGGGGGCGCAGAUCUACGAGAAGCACCAGAGGGUUUGGCUGGGAACUUUCAACGAAGAAGAAGAAGCCGCCAAAGCGUACGACACGGCGGCGCAGAGGUACCGCGGCCGCGACGCCGUUACAAACUUCAAGCAGUUGUCGGAGGCGGGGGACGAAUUCGAAGCGGCGUUCUUGAACUCCCAUUCCAAGGUUGAGAUUGUGGACAUGCUCAGGAAGCACACAUACAAUGAUGAGCUGGAGCAGGGCCGGAGGAACCACGGCGGGAGGAGGACGGGGAGGGGUGGCGGCCUCUGCAACGCCGGCGGCGAUAGGGCGGCGAAUGCCCGGGAACAUCUUUUCGAGAAGGCAGUGACGCCCAGCGACGUCGGGAAGCUGAACAGACUCGUCAUCCCCAAACAGUACGCGGAAAAGCAUUUCCCUUUACAGAGCGGCAACUCGCUGAAAGGGGUUUUGUUGAAUUUCGAAGAUGGUGGGAAUAAGGUUUGGAGGUUUCGAUAUUCGUACUGGAACAGCAGCCAGAGUUAUGUCCUGACCAAAGGUUGGAGCCGUUUUGUGAAGGAGAAGAAUUUGCGGGCCGGAGACAUUGUGUGUUUUCAGAGAUCCACCGGCCCGGACAAGCAGCUCUACAUUGACUGGAAGGGGAGGAGUGACGUCGCCUUUUCGGGCCGGGUCCAGCCCGUUGUGAGGUUGUUUGGAGUCAACAUAUUCCAAGGUCCCGGGAGUGGCGGGGAUAGCGCCGCCAUUGAUAGCUGCAGCGGUAAGAGGAUGCGUGAAAUAGAGCUUCUGGGGUUGGAUUGCAGGAAGAAGCAAAGGGUUGUGGAUCCCUUGUGACAUUAAUUAAUUAAUUUAGUUUGGAGGUUUUAGAUUUUAGCAGUAAUUUGUUCUUGUUUUCAUGUUUUUGUUCUUGAUGACAAGUUUUUCUAAAGUUGUUUGUAUAAGUAACAUGUCUUCCAUUGGGGAAUUGGAAGAGAAGUUGGGUGUUUCUAUGGCCGAUUUAGUAUUUGGGAGGGGCAGGUACCCCGGGGCCAGGUGGAGGAUCUGCACCGUUUCUGGUAAAUGAACGGUGUGGAUUCGUUUCAUCUGGCGAUGGAAAGACACGAGUGCAGAUGAAAAUAAAUACUCCAGAAAUGUACAGUAAUCAGACAAAAAGGAAGAGUAGCAAGGUAGCUGACCUAGUAGUGGUGUUUUUGGUGGAGAGAAAUUUCUGAGAAAAAAAAAAAAAAAAAAAAAACAA